UCGGCUCUUCCACGGCGGGGCUGAAUGGCCGACCCCGACGCGGUGGGUGUGGAGGAGGUGGCUGCUCGGCGCCGCGAGCGCAGGUGACUGGCCCUCCUCCAGCCUGAACCCCUCGGCCCGGGCUCGCGCGGGAGGAGCGGGCCUGUGAGGGGAGCGGCGACCCCGCCUGCUCGAGCUCUUUCCCUGGCGGCCGCGGCUCCUUCCCUGGGACAAUAUGUUCAAGAGAAUGGCGGAAUUUGGGCCUGACUCCGGCGGGAGAGUGAAGGGGGUUACCAUCGUUAAGCCAAUAGUUUAUGGUAAUGUUGCCCGGUACUUUGGGAAGAAAAGAGAAGAAGAUGGGCACACCCACCAGUGGACAGUGUAUGUAAAGCCAUAUAGAAACGAGGAUAUGUCAGCAUAUGUGAAGAAAAUCCAGUUUAAAUUACAUGAAAGCUAUGGCAAUCCUUUAAGAGUUGUUACUAAGCCUCCCUAUGAAAUUACUGAAACAGGAUGGGGUGAAUUUGAAAUAAUCAUCAAAAUAUUUUUCAUUGACCCCAAUGAAAGACCUGUAACUCUAUAUCACUUACUAAAGCUGUUCCAGUCUGACACCAAUGCAAUGCUGGGGAAAAAGACAGUGGUUUCAGAGUUCUACGAUGAAAUGAUAUUUCAAGACCCAACGGCAAUGAUGCAGCAACUAUUAACAACAUCUCGUCAGCUAACAUUAGGAGCCUAUAAGCAUGAAACAGAAUUUGCAGAACUUGAAGUGAAAACCAGAGAAAAACUAGAAGCUGCCAAGAAAAAAACAAGCUUUGAAAUUGCAGAGCUUAAGGAGAGAUUAAAAGCAAGUCGUGAAACUAUAAAUUGUUUGAAAAAUGAAAUCAGGAAGCUUGAAGAGGAUGAUCAGACGAAAGACAUAUGAGCAGCUGGCAAUAAGAUAACCGGAAAGCAGGGCCUCAGCAGGAGGGGCUUGGUGCGGACGGGCUGCCUGUGCGUUUCCUGGCUCCGGGUUUCUCGGCGGUGAAGUCAGUCUCACACUGCUCAAGCCAUCUUUCCUGGGACGUACAUCUCUGUUCUAAGACUUGAUGCUGGGUAGCAUUCCAUGAUAUGAAGCACAAUUUUUAAAGUAUUUUUUUUUUUAUUUUUUAAUUGAACUAUGUGUGUAGCUUAUUUUCCUUCAGGCAGGCAUCAGAAUUCUGUUGUAAAGUCUUAACUGUGCAGAUUUUGUACUUCUCUACUAAUUAGAAUUAGUGGUCAGUAUGUGUAUUUAGUUCCAGGUUAUCUGCCCCAGUCUACCUCUUUUGUAUCUGAUGUAUCUGGUAGUGAAUAAAUGCAGUUUACUGCUCCUA